AUGGACAUUGACGUGAGGCUAAAGGCAUACCGGCUGGUCGCCUUCUCCGCCGUCGCCUUCUGUGUUCUUUCAGUGGUUUCGGUAUGCAUCACCCUACCAAUGGUUCACAACUAUGUCGCUGGCAUGCGUGUCCGCCUCUCGCAGGAGGUCUCCUUCUGUAAACACUCUGCCGAUGAGGUCUUCACCGAAGUGAACCACCUUCGCGCAUCCGCUGGAUCCAACCAAAACUCCACCCGUAACGCUCGUCAUGCUGGAUACGGAGGUGGUUAUGCCCAGCCACCAAUCGGAGGAGGCGGUGGUGGAGGUGGAGGAUCUUGCUCCACUUGCUGCCGUCCAGGAGCACCAGGAGCCUCCGGAGCACCAGGAAAGCCAGGACGUCCAGGAGCACCAGGAGCCUGGGGAAUGCCAGGGAACCCAGGAAAGGGAGGAAGCGGACCAUGCCACCCAGUGGUGCCAACUCCAUGCAAGCCAUGCCCAGGAGGACGACCAGGACCACCAGGACCACCAGGACGUCCAGGAUCCGAUGGGCAACCAGGACGACCAGCCACCGGAGGAGGUUCUUCCAGACCAGGACCACCAGGACCAAAGGGACCACGCGGACAGCCAGGAAACGAUGGAAAACCAGGAGCACCAGGACAGCCAGGGCAAGAUGCUCAUGGAUACGGAGGAGGUGUCGCUCCCCCAGGACUACCAGGACCACGUGGAGCUCCAGGACCCGCCGGACAGCCAGGAUCCUCGGGAGGCGGUCGUCCAGGACCAGCAGGACCAAAGGGAGCACCAGGACAGCCAGGACGGCCAGGACCAGAUGGACAUCCAGGACAACCAGGACGUCCAGGACAAUCGGGAGGAGCCGGAAACCGUGGAGUGUGCCCGAAAUACUGUGCCAUCGAUGGAGGAGUGUUCUUCGAGGAUGGAACUGUUCGCAGAAGAUAG